CCGGGGAUACAGUAACAGGUGGUUCGCUUCAGGCAAGGAACAAGUAAUGCUGUGUACCACUUGACAGGAUUGUUACUGGAUCCAAACCUUGAGUCCUACUUGGUCUUAUAUCUCUCAUAACAUACCACUUGCCAUCCCACCCCCUAAGCGGAUGCACUCUGACACGAGAAGGAGUCUCCUGCCUCGAUGACCUCAUUCUAGACGGAGCCUCACCCUCACAGCCUUAUCAAGGAACAACUCGAACCACACUGCCAGUAGCACACUUCUUGACCAUGGCGCCCUCGCCCACGGUCCGGAGACUGCUCAAAGAGGUAGCUGAACUCUCGUCGUCUUCAUCAAAUCCGAACCCGGCCUUCUUCGCGGCUCCUGUCUCGGACGCCGACCUCCACGAAUGGCACUUUACACUCGUCGGUCCUCCAGCGCCCUCACCGUACGCCGGCGGCAUGUACCAUGGACGCAUCACUCUUCCCACCACAUACCCUUUGAAACCGCCGAAUUUCCGCUUCCUCACGCCGUCCGGACGCUUUGAAGUGAAUCGCGAGAUCUGUCUGAGCAUAUCCGGGUUCCAUGAAGAGACAUGGAUGCCUGCCUGGGGAAUCCGGACGGCUCUGACGGCGCUGAGGUCGUUCAUCGCGGAACAAGGGUCAGCCGGUCAAGUGGGUGGUCUCGAAGCCAGCGAGGAAGUUCGCAGAAGGUUGGCCAAGGAGAGUCGGACAUGGAAGUGCGAUAUGUGCCAAAAGACCAAUGAAACCAUCAUGCGUGAGUGGUGGGAGAUUUGUCGCGACGCCGGGGUGAGCGUGCACGAGGAGGAUUUGGGUCUCGAGUCGCUUCCUGAAGGGAUGGCGUUGGAAGCCAGGAGUCCUACUGCUACUGCUGCUACUGCGCCCACAAAGGAGGUCAACUCGGGUACGAAGUCGGUGCCGUCUCAAGACACAGUGCUGUCUGAGCACCCGUCUUCUUUACAACCUACGGUCACGUCCCAUGAGUCCUCUGCACCAGGCAGAUCGCACCCAAGCGGGCUGCCGCCACCUCCGACAUCUGACUCGCACAGCUGCUCUUCAUCGGCUCUGCGUCCGCCAGACCAGACCUCUGCAUCUGUUCCGUUGAUUCCCACCCCUUCUCCUUCCGCCGAAGCCGUCCAAGCAGCAGCCGAAGCCGUCCUGACUCCAUCGGACCUCGCUCUACCAGCUCCUUCUGAUUCCUCGAGACCACCCCAUCAUCACUCCAUGAUGUCGAGCAUCCAUGCUCCGCCCAUAGCAGCGGCUAAUGCGGCCGUGGUAUCACGAACCGCUCAGCCCUUGCAACGUCGUCCGCAACGAGAACACCAAACCGUCACGAUCGACCGCGCCAUUGCAGGAGUGUUUCUCGCCCUUUGUUUCAUGGUACUGAAGAAGAUCUUUUACCCUGCCGGGAGUGGUGGGUAUGGUGAUAUUGAUGACUUUUAUCUUCAGCGAGAAUGAUGAACAUGAACAUUACAUUGAUAUCUUCAGAUCGGCGUGGCUAAGGCAGAUCCUUGGGGUGGACUGUUUUAGUCAUGUUUGAGAAUGGAAAGGUACACCAAUACACACAAUAUACACACGCGCCGCUUGGUGAAAGAAGUGUAUAGAAAGCAAAAAGGCAUAACGCUCAACAGCCCACAGUUCGCAAAGCCUGCGGAUUUUGGACUGGUCCCGAACACUCAGGCUACCACCAUUACUCGUGACUUUUAAUGGGAGCUUUACGAGGCGACAACAAAGUUAAGCAUGUUUCUGUCUGCAUGGAAACAUCACUUGUCAAAUCGCACUCUCUCUCGCCAGCUCGAUCUGAACGGAUCAUUGGGCUUGGACUUCAAGCAGAGCGAGUGUCUAGCCAUCCAGCUUCCCGUCAGAGGAGCGCAGUGCAGUGCCUGGACAUUGCAACCAAGUGCCGAACGAACGGACUGGAGGUUGCUGUGCCCGUUUCUGUUUCUAUCCGAACAGGAAACCAGCAUAACCAGGUUGUCCGGUUGAUAUGGACGGGGGGGUUGAUAUGGCACUGAAGGACGAAUGAAUGUCGCAAGGACGAAUGUCGAAGGACGAACGUCGAAGGACGAACGUCGAAGGAC